AAAACCAGAGGUAAAGGAUGAAGAAAAUAAACCAAAAGCUGAAGAAAAAGUUCCUUUCUACAAACUAUUCAAUUUUGCUGACAAACUUGACGUGAUUUUGAUGAUCAUUGGUUUCAUAUGUGCCGUAGCUAAUGGAUUAUCUCAGCCUCUUAUGACACUUAUUUUUGGAAAACUCAUCAACACCUUUGGCUCCACCGAUCCAUCACACAUUGUCAAAGAAGUUUCUAAGGUUGCGUUAUUAUUUAUUUACCUUGGUGUUGGAUCUGGAAUAGCAUCAUUUCUACAGGUAGCAUGUUGGAUGGUGACAGGAGAAAGACAAGCUGCAAGGAUUCGUGGCUUGUACUUGAAAACUAUACUAAAGCAAGAUAUUUCCUACUUUGACACUGAAGCAACCAGUGGAGAGGUUAUUGGAAGAAUGUCUGGUGAUACCAUUCUCAUUCAAGAUGCCAUGGGAGAAAAGGUUGGAAAGUUUAUACAACUUAUUUCAUCUUUUCUUGGUGGAUUUGUGAUCGCCUUUACAAAAGGAUGGGAACUCACUCUUGUUUUGCUUGCAUGCAUUCCAUGUAUUGUCAUUGUUGGUGGAUUUAUGUCAAUGAUGAUGGCGAAAAUGUCAAGUCGUGGACAAAUUGCUUAUUCAGAAGCUGGAGUUGUUGUGGAACAAACAGUUGGAGCCAUUAGAACAGUUGCCUCUUUUACUGGUGAGGAAAAAGCAACUGAAAAGUACAAUAAUAAGUUAAGAAUUGCUUAUAAAAGUACAGUUCAACAAGGGUUGGCCUCAGGGACAGGAAUGGGAUUACUUUUGCUUAUUAUCUUUGGCACAUAUGCACUUGCUAUGUGGUAUGGUUCCAAACUCAUCAUUGAGAAAGGAUAUGAUGGUGGAAGUGUCUUCAAUAUAAUCAUAGCAAUUAAUACUGGUGGAAUGUCCCUUGGUCAAACUACACCAUGCAUAAAUGCAUUUGCAACAGGCCAAGUAGCAGCAUGUAAGAUGUUCGAGACAAUUAAAAGAAAACCGAACAUUGAUGCUUAUGACACAAGUGGUGUUAUAAUGGAGAACAUAAAGGGAGACAUUGAACUCAAAGAUGUUUACUUUAGAUACCCUGCAAGACCAGAUGUGCAGAUCUUUGCCGGAUUCUCAUUCUAUAUUCCAAGUGGCACAACUGCUGCUUUAGUCGGUCAAAGUGGUAGUGGAAAGUCAACUAUAAUUAGUUUAUUAGAAAGAUUCUAUGAUCCUGAAGCUGGAGAAGUGCUUAUAGAUGGUGUCAACUUGAAGAAUUUUCAAGUUAAAUGGAUAAGAGAACAGAUUGGACUUGUUGGUCAGGAACCUGUGUUGUUUACUGCUAGUAUCAAGGAUAACAUUGCUUAUGGGAAAGAAGGUGCAACAGAUGAGGAAAUAGCAACAGCAAUAACACUUGCUAAUGCUAAAAAAUUCAUUGAUAAACUCCCUCAGGGUCUUGAUUCAAUGGUAGGAGGUCAUGGGACUCAACUUUCUGGUGGACAAAAGCAAAGAAUUGCAAUUGCAAGGGCCAUAUUGAAGAAUCCAAGAAUCCUUCUUCUUGAUGAAGCAACAAGUGCAUUGGAUGCUGAGUCUGAACGUGUUGUUCAAGAAGCAUUGGAAAAAGUUAUGACACAAAGGACUACCGUAGUUGUUGCACACCGUUUAACAACUAUUAGAAAUGCUGACACCAUAGCAGUGGUUCAUCAGGGCAAAAUUGUGGAAAAAGGUACUCAUGAUGAGUUAGUCAAGGAUCCUUGUGGUGCUUACUCUCAGCUUAUUAGUCUGCAAAAAGGAGCUAAGGAAGCAGAAAGAAGCAACAGUUCAGAAGAAGAUAAGUCAAGGAACAGUUUCAAUUUAGAUACUCAGAGAACAUCCUUUGCAAGAUCAAUAAGCCAAGGUUCAUCAGGAAGUAGACACUCUCUUUCACUUGGCCUAACUCUUCCAUAUCAAAUUUCCGGACAUGAAUAUGUAGAAGGAACCAAUGGUGAUGAUGAAAGUAGUGAACUUGAUAAUGUGAAACGCCAAAAAGUUUCGGUUAAACGUUUGGCAAAGUUGAAUAAGCCUGAGGUUCCUGUAAUACUACUUGGAUCCAUAGCUGCAGCAGUACAUGGUGUUACUCUUCCUAUAUUUGGCCUAUUGCUUUCAUCAUGUAUUAAAUCUUUCUAUAAACCCGCUGAGCAACUUAGAAAAGAUUCGGAGUUUUGGUCACUUUUAUUUCUUGGUUUGGGUUUUGUUACCCUUGUGGCUCUACCAGUGCAGAACUACUUAUUUGGGAUUGCUGGUGGGAAACUUGUUGAAAGAAUUCGUUCAUUGACAUUCAAAAAAGUCGUGCACCAAGAAAUCAGUUGGUUUGAUCAUCCUUCAAAUUCAAGUGGUGCCGUUAGUGCAAGGUUAGCUACUGAUGCUUCAACUGUGAGAACUCUUGUUGGUGACACAUUGGCCCUCAUUGUGCAAAACAUAGCAACAGUAGCAGCAGGACUAGUUAUAGCAUUUAGUGCCAAUUGGAUUCUAUCUUUUAUUAUUCUAGCCGUGUCACCAUUGAUGCUCAUACAAGGAUACAUUCAAACGAAGUUUCUAAAAGGAUUCAGUGCAGAUGCAAAGGUGAUGUAUGAAGAGGCAAGUCAGGUUGCAAAUGAUGCUGUUGGUAGCAUCAGAACUGUUGCAUCAUUUUGUGCUGAACAAAAGGUGAUGGAUAUGUACCAGAAAAAAUGUUCAGCACCAGAAAAACAAGGUGUUAGGUUGGGACUUGUUAGUGGUAUAGGAUUCGGUUUCUCAUUUUUUGCUCUAUACUGCACAAAUGCUUUCUGUUUCUACAUAGGAUCAGUUCUUAUGCAACACGGCAAAGCAACUUUCGGAGAGGUUUUCAAGGUUUUCUUCUGUUUAACAAUUACAGCAAUAGGUGUUUCGCAGACUAGUGCUUUAGCACCAGAUACUAACAAGGCCAAAGAUUCUACAGCUUCAAUAUUUGAAAUUCUAGACAGCAAACCAACCAUUGACUCAAGUAGUAAUGAGGGUGCGACGCUAGAAACUGUGAAAGGUGAUUUUGAACUUCAAAAAGUCAGCUUUAGAUACCCAACAAGGCCUAAUAUUCAAAUAUUCAAAGAUUUGUGUCUUAGCAUCCCAGCUGGAAAGACUGUUGCCUUGGUUGGAGAAAGUGGCAGUGGAAAAUCAACAGUUAUAAGUCUCUUGGAGAGAUUUUAUAACCCUGAUUCUGGACAUAUAUUACUAGAUGGACUGAAUAUCAAAACUUUCAAACUAAGCUGGUUGAGACAACAAAUGGGUUUGGUUGGUCAAGAGCCUAUUCUUUUCAACGAAAGCAUUCGUGCCAACAUAGCUUAUGGCAAAGAAGGAGGUGCUACGGAGGAUGAGAUAAUUGCAGCAGCUAACGCAGCCAAUGCACACAACUUCAUAAGCUCUCUUCCAGGUGGUUACAAUACUUCGGUAGGCGAAAGAGGCACACAGUUAUCAGGUGGACAAAAACAACGUAUAGCAAUUGCAAGAGCUAUAUUGAAAAACCCUAGAAUACUUUUACUUGAUGAGGCAACCAGUGCACUCGAUGCUGAGUCAGAACGUGUAGUUCAAGAGGCUUUAGAUAGAGUCAGUGUUAACAGAACUACUGUUGUUGUGGCUCAUCGUCUUGCAACGAUUAAAGGUGCUGAUAUUAUCGCUGUAGUGAAAAAUGGGGUGAUUGCUGAGAAGGGUAGACAUGAUUUGUUGAUGAAGAUUGAUGGUGGAAUUUAUGCUUCAUUGGUUGCUCUUCACAUUAGUGCAUCAUAGAUUUAUAUUUAUUUGAUUUUCUUUUUCUAUUUGCAAAUGUUUUGCAUAUAAAUGGAUAGUCGUAACAGGUUGUAUCCUAUAAAAUUUUGUUGAUGAGGAUCAUUAGUGAUCUUUAUAAGUUCUAAGUAGAACUUUUCAUCCAGUUUAUUAGAGAAAAAUAACAUAUAGGAUUGCAGAUCAAAUCAGUAUUAGGAA